UGACAAAAAUUAAUCCCUCAUGGCGGCUGCUACAGCGGAUUCCGAAAUCACAAAGAUUGAUAAAUAUUCCAUAUUACUUCCUACAUACAACGAAAGAGAGAAUUUACCUAUUAUAAUAUGGCUUAUUAUGAAGUAUUUAGAUAACAGUGGCUACGAUUAUGAAGUGAUAAUAAUUGACGAUGGAAGCCCCGAUGGGACUCUAGAAGUUGCAAAACAAUUGCAAAAACUGUACGGUACGAGCAAAAUAGUUCUAAGGCCGAGAGAAAAGAAGCUGGGACUAGGCACAGCAUAUAUACACGGUAUACAACAUGCAACCGGCAAUUUUAUUAUUAUUAUGGAUGCUGAUUUAAGUCAUCAUCCUAAGUUCAUUCCAAAAUUCAUAGAACUGCAGAGAAAACAUGAUUUUGAUUUGAUAUCUGGUACUAGAUAUAAAGGAGGAGGUGGAGUACACGGAUGGGAUUUCAAAAGGAAGCUUACAUCAAGGGGUGCUAAUUUUAUCACACAAUUACUGCUUAGACCUGGAGCUUCUGAUUUGACUGGUUCUUUCAGGUUAUACAAGAAAGAUGUGCUUUUGAAAUUGAUAGACAGUUGUGUAUCCAAAGGUUAUGUUUUUCAAAUGGAAAUGAUAAUAAGGGCGAGGCAACUGGACUAUUCUAUAGGAGAAGUACCAAUUACGUUUGUGGACCGUGUUUAUGGAGAAUCAAAACUUGGCGGCUCGGAGAUUGUGCAAUUUGCUAAGGCUUUAUUAUAUCUUUUUGCUACUACAUAAUAUGAUUUUAUUUUAACAUAUAACAU